UUUUAAAAUCCUUUGCAUUUCAUUAUAUUCCCAGGUUGCCGUUCACAUAUCAACACGCGAAGUUUUAGCCGUAUAUUCCAUAGAUGAAGCACGCAUGGAAUUAGUCAUAACGUUAGCGUCCAAUUAUCCUUUGGGCUCCGUAAAGGUAGAUUGUAAUAAACAAAUUGGCGGACGUUUAACAUCACGUAAUGUAGCCAUGCAAUUGACCAUAUUUCUAACACAUCAGAACGGCACCAUAUUUGAUGGUUUGGCUUUGUGGAAAAAUAAUUUGGAUAAGAAAUUCGAGGGCGUUGAGGAAUGUUACGUUUGUUAUACGGUUAUACAUCAAGACACCUGUCAAUUACCGAAAUUAACCUGUAAAACGUGUAAAAAGAAAUUCCAUGGUCCCUGUUUGUAUAAAUGGUUUACCACCAGUUCCAAAUCCACUUGCCCUAUUUGCCGUAAUGUGUUCUAAAUUAGUCUAUUUUCGUAUCAAGAUAUUAAAUAUGUGUGCAACACCUUCCAUUCUAUGAGCUAUGGAGCAAUAUUUAUUAAAGGCUGUUUGGUUAAAUUCAAGUACUUACGUCUUUUGGAAAAUAUGAUAUAUAAAAACGUAAAAUAUUUAUAUAUUUUAAAUGUAAUUUUUAACAAAUAAUAAUAAAGAUAAAUCAUUAAAA